AUGAAGGAUGGUUUUAAUUGGCGGUGUGCUCCGGGAGGUUUUUCGGUUAAAUCUGUCUACGAUAAACUCUGUGCGUAUGGAGAAAGUAAUUCUGGUUUCACAACAGAAUGCUUGUCCUCUUUGAGGUUUAUGUGGAAAUCGGGUACUCUGGGAAAUAUUCAAGUUUUUGGGUGGAGAUUGAUUCAUUCAAGACUACAAACUCGAGAUGAGCUAUUUAAAAGACAUGUAAUUUCCGGACAGCAUAAUCAUGGCUGCCCCUUAUGCUUGCACCACAACGAAAAUCAUACUCAGCUGUUUCUCUAUUGUCAAGUCACGAAGGAGGUUUGGCUGUCCAUUUUUGCUUGGGUUCGGUUGGCGGGUUUUUACUCUUCUGUUUCGGUUUAUGAUCACCUUAGUUGGUUUGUAUCUAUCAUGCCGGGUGGUAUUAAGAAAAGCCGUAAAACUCUUAUUUGGUUAUCUGUUGUUAGAGCUAUAUGGUUAAUUAGGAAUGAUAUUCUUUUUAAUGGAAGGUUGCAAGGGAGUAGGGAGAUUGUCGUUGUUGCUAAAUCGUUAGCUUGGGAGUGGCUUUGUGCGGUUAAGCACGGACAAUGUCCAUUAACUCAUGAUGAGUGGAACUUAUGCCCUUUAUUAGCUUUAUCUUAG